AUGGAGGCAUUUCAAAAGAUUCAUCCACUAGAGUUUUAUAGAAAGUUUCUAGAGAGAUCGGUGAGACCAGAUGGUAGAUCAUUACAACGUAUAAGAAACACAACAGUAUCGGCAGGUUCAAUUCUGACUGCUGACGGUUCAUCAUUCGUAAAGAUUGGAAAUACCUCUGUCAUUUGUGGUGUACGUGCUGAGAUUGCUGAGAAACAACAAGAUCAAACAACAUCCAAUACUUGUAAAUCUCAAAUUAUUGUAAAUAUUGAAAUGGGACCAAUAUGCUCAAAUAUAUUUUCAUCGACUAAACCAUCAGAGAAAGCAAUGUCGUUGUGCACACAACUGAAUCAAUUGGUACAACUGUUGGAUAUCGAUCCGAAACAACUGUACUUUGAUGUCGAUGGAAAGUAUCUUUGGUAUCUCUAUGUCGAUUUAUAUUGUUUGGAUUACAAUGGUAAUAUAUUGGAUGCUGCUAUCAUUGCAAUGUUGAGUGCUCUAAAGAAUGUUAAAUUACCAAAAGGUGUAGUUAGUGAUGAUGGUAGUGAAGUAUAUAAAGAAGAAGAUACAAUGAGAACAUUGAUUAUAAAUUCAUAUUUGAUACCGUUGUCGUUUGCGGUGAUCGAUGAGUACGUGCUGUCAGAUCCAUCGUUGGAAGAGGAGAAGCUGUCUAACGGUAGCAUAUCGAUUGUAUAUAACGAGAAGAGAGAACUUUGUUUACAACUAUACUCUGGUAUCACGCCACUAGACGAAAAGACUCUACAACAAUGUUUAGAUCAAACAAAACAACGUACUCAAGAAAUCAAAGAUUUAAUCGAUCAAUCAAUAAACGACUCAAAAGAUAAAUAA